AGCUGCGUCUUUGUCACAAAAACACUGGAGGGCGACAUUUAGGACUCUUCGCCACCUCAUAUCUGCAAGCACAAAACUAGGCAGCGCUCCGCAGGGCCCCUUGGUGUCGACAGUCGGAUAUCACCGUUGAGAUUACAGCACCACCGGCUCCGCCACGAGUUCUCCCAUGACAGUCAACACCGAUUACACUAAGUUUGCGCGAUUGAAAGUUUUGACGAGCUACAAUAAGUUCCUUCUGGACACGAUAUGGGACCCGAAUCCUCGCCGUCCUGAGAGCCGGCACGACUAUCGGAUGCUUACCCUCUCCACUUUCAAUGGCCACCCGGGAGUAUUCCGUGGGGUUCUUGAUGAGGAGCGCAAUGUGGUCGUCAAUAUCAGGAAAGAUAUCGAAGUGGCGGAAGAAGAGUUGGCUUGGUAUCACAAGCUGGAAGACCUCUGGGACCAUGGCAUAGUGACACCAAGAGGACUGUUUAAGCGUGGUCGGUGGUCAUAUUUCAUUCUAGACUACAAAGGAGAGCCUUCGAGGUCCUGGAUGGACCCAGAAUUUAGAGAAAAACUGCAACGUCUCGUUUGGGUGGUCCACCAAAGGGGUAUCGAACACAACGCGGUGGGGUUGAACCAUAUGCUGACGGACGAGGAUGGCAACCUCACCUUGGUGGAUUUUCAGCUUGCAACGCGGCAUUUCGGGGUAUGCGAGACGGGGUGCCGGGAGAUUGAGGAAUGCAAAGUCCCAAAGUACCCUGAAAGGGCAAUGGAAGACUAUCGCCGGCAGAAAGAGGAGAAGGAGAAGGAGCGGAAAGAGCAAAGGGCGCAGUGGAAGGAGAGGGAGGAGAGGGAGCAGAAGGAGCAGAGAGCACUGUGGCAGGAGAAGGAGCAGAGGGAACAGGAGGAGCAGAGAGCGUUGGAGGGCAUGAUGGCGUGGAUGGGUAGGCGUCAGUGGGAGCACUGGGUGCAGAAGCAGCAGACGGAGCAAAUGAAGCAGACGGUGCAGACAGUGCAGACAGAACAGACAGAGCAGACAGCGCAGACAGAGCAGACAGCGCAGACAGAGCAGAAGGUGCAGAAUGAGCAUGCAUCUCUAAACUAA